AUGGCACUAUCUGGUCUUUUGCCAGCCCUUCUGUCUGCAGUCGCUUUUGGUCUGCAAUAUGUGCCGGUGAAGAAAUACAAGAUCUAUGAUGGCACUACCUUCCAGUGGUUCAUGUGCUCGGGCAUUCUCUUCGUGGGCGUUUCUGUCGCGCUCCUGCAUGGAGAUCUCCAAUAUUCUGUGCCGCCCUCUGUGGUCAUGGGUGGGGGUAUUUGGGCACUGUCAAACUUUGCCGUGCUGCCACUAGUCAAGCUUCUGGGUAUUGGCUUGGGCUUCUCCUUGUACCACUUUCAGAACAUGAUUGUAGGAUACUUGGUCGGCCGAAAUGGCCUCUUUGGGCUGCCCAGGCUUCAGCCAGCCUUUGCAGGCAGCUUGUAUGUUUGUGACCUCGGUUGUUUGCUGGUUUUGGUGUCUUUUGUUGGUUUGCUUCUAGUGGAGGGCAGAGGCAGUGAUAGUGAGAAGGAGAAAGAGCCUGGCCCUGCACCCUCAGUCCAUGGAAAGGGUCAGCUUGAUCAGAUUGAAGAGCAGCACGAGGAGGAAGUUGCAUUAGACAGGAAUUUGCGUCUCUUAGAGUCCAGUGGAUUCUCAGCCUUUGCUGUAGAGGUUGAAGACGACGAGCAGGCACCACACAGCCCUGAUGCAGCACCACCAGAAGCAGAAACGGAAAGGAGGAAGACAUGGCGGAAAGUUGCGUUGGGCGUUCUUCUGGCAAUGGUGGCUGGAAGUUUGACUGGGGUGCAAAGUGUGCCUGCAACGCUGUAUGGAUUGGAGCAUCCUGAGUAUCCGACAACUGCAGUAUUCUUUCCACAGUGUCUUGGAGCUUGGUUUGCUUCUACAGGGAUCUACCUUUUGUACGGUGGCAUCGCACGUCUUCGACGAAAGCCAGUCUUGCAUGCAGUGAUCCGUCCUGCAAUGCUGAGCGGCUUCCUUUGGGCAGUGGGCUUCAUUUUCAUGAUCCAAGGAAUUCACGAGUUGGGCUUUGCGGUCGGCUACACUCUUGAUGCAGUUGGCCCUAUCAUCAUUGCAAGCAUCAUGUCCAUGUGCUGGUUCAAAGAAAUAUCUGGCAGGCGUCAGCUGAUGAUCUAUUGGUCAGCAGAAGCGCUGCAGCUGCUCGGGGUCAUUUUGAUCACUGCAUUUAGCGUGCUUGAGCUCUCCAGAGCCAAGGCAAAGGCAGCAAGCGAGGCGGCCACACCUCAAGUCUUGUCCUUUUUUGACUCGGUUGGCUUCCGUGAAAUGCUGAAGGGCUGCUGCACUGAAGUGGCAAAUCUGACUGCAGAGGAGCUUCUGCAGCGCUACAGGGCAGAGGCCCAAGUGGCAGAGCUGGCGCAUGCGCUGCCGGCACCUGGAGAGUCCAUAGGCGUUUUCUCAGAUGUCACAACUACCGAGGUGGGAGAGUUGCCCUGGUUUCCGAAUGAGUUCGAGGUUGCGUUGAUGCACAAUAGGAGCAUGUCGGAAGGAGCUGCACCUAUCAAUGAUAUUGCCCAGAAGGAAAUCUUUGGCUGCAAACCGUUUGCUGGACCUAAGCCCACGUGGACUGAAGCUUCCAGUCGUUUGAUUUACAUUGCGCACAACAUGCGGCGGUUGGAUUCAGGGUCCGAGCCUUUCUUCGGAGACUUGACCGUGGUUUUCAACAGUAGCCGUGUGAAGGAUUCGGUCGUCAUUGCGCCAUAUGACACCGGCCUGUACACAAUGAUGUGCUUGCGCCCUGAAAUGUCUGGUCAUCACAAGAUGAAGAAGUUCUUGCCACACUUGAACUGCAGUACCCUGGACUACCUGGACCACUUGAUCUUGCCAAAUCUAGCAGCUCCAGUCAACAGCAGUGUCACAAAUCGAACCAUUUUGGACACAGCACGGGAGCUCUACACCCGCAGCGGCAUGUCCAAGAUAGACUAUCAGGAUGUGCCUGCGUUGGACUUGAGAUCUUUGGGCGGCUACAUGGAGUCAAACAUUAUGGCCAAUCCUCGUUUGCCAGAGGUGGUGAAAUUCGGCAUUGGCAACUUCGACACUCUUUUUGGCACAAAGGAUGGCCAAGAAGUGCGGAAGAUCUCCCAGCGAUUCAAGUGGCCCCUGCCACCCUGGCUGCAAAGUGGAAUGGUUCCAACAAUAGAUUGGCUUGAUGCAUUGAUGACAGUUGCAUGA